AUGCGUCGUAGCAGACCUGGCUUCGACCAGCUCUUGAAUCAGACCACUAACUUGGAUUCAGCACACAAUUUCUUGCAAUUCGCCCUCUAUCAUCAGCAACACAGCACCGACAUUCUGCACUCUACCGUUACCCCUUUUGCCACGCCGACAUAUCCUUAUAGCAUUACCGAUUUCGCCUUUGGCGCCGACAUUCCACACACAUCCCUCACGGGGAAUGCCCUCGCAGGCAUGAUGGCCAAUGUCGAUUCAACACGCUCCAUUCGGAUGAGCCCAGCCCUCUCAGCAAACAUCCAAUCUACCAGGUUCGAAACGCCACCUAGAAACACACAGCCUCUCGACCUGUUGCCACCUCUCCGGCCACCUAAGCGUACUGUGUCGUAUGGUGGAAACCAAGAUGUAGACCCAGAGAACGAAGAUAAAAACCUAGACAGCUCCCUGAGGCGUCGCAUUUCCAGCCUUCUUAAAAUACGCCCGGCCAAAAGGACAAGGAAUAACCCGCCGCCGCCGCCACCACCACCACCACCCCAAAGAAGAUCAGCGAACAGAAGACAUGCGGACUCUCAAGCAGUCCGCUCCUUUCGACAGGUGCUACGAGCUCCGGCUAUAGAUGAAGAUGUCGUGACCGCUGAGGUGCUACGAGCUCCGGCUAUAGAUGAAGACGUCGUAACCGCUGUAUCGGCGCAGGACGGCAAAGACAUCUUUCCCUUGCUUAUGCUCCCCUUUGAGGUUCGUGAAAAGAUUCUAAGAUAUAUAUUAGUAUCCGACAAGCCCGUCUAUGUGAAGCGUCUCUGGACUGAACAGGUCCGUUCUAUACGCCGCAAUACCCGCGGACGAGGACACGGGGGUAAUGGCGAUAAAAGCGAAGAGGAAUACACUAAUAAAACGACCAUUUUACGAACAUCCCGUCAAAUGCUAGCAGAGGGCAGCUUACUUCUUUACUCGCAGAAUCAGUUCGUUUACCUAUUGCGAGACCCUAUCCACGCCAUGGUGGAUUUUGCUUCCAUGCUCAAGGAAGCGCAGAAGAAAUCUCCAAAGAAAAUCGAGGGUCGUAACAAGCGUAAGCGCAAAGCAGACAGCCAAUACGGCUUAUACGAAAUCAACAUCGCAAAGUAUGGACACUUGCUGCGACACUUAAGUAUCGAACUCGAGCCGAACAGAUCCGGCACACAAUACAGGGAGCUUAUGGAGCAGGCACUUGAUGUCCUGACUAGCUCCGAUAGAAGGGGCAGAUACCUGCUUGCUGGCCAAAUAGUGGAUGGAAAGACCCCAAGAAUUUUCCUCCACACUUUGACAAUCACCGUGUCACCUGAAAACGAUCAGGGUCGCCCUGGCAGCGGAUCAGUUUCUAAGAACAGCAGCCAAGAGUCGAGAAGCCCGUAUUCGAGCGCCAUCGAGCUGUUCGAUAGUAGAUCACUCGUCAUGCAUGCGCUCUCCCGCAUUGACACCCAAUUUCUUCGAAUCAACAUGCAUAUCAAUGACGGCCCCCAUAACGAUAACGAAGGGGACGACGAAUUUGCGCUCAACACAGGUACUAGAAAGCGUCAUCUCGAGACGACCAUCGACAUGCGCUUCCUUCCGCGUCACACCAAGCAGGUAAACGAUCACUUGAUGAAGGAGCAGCGAGCCAAGAGGGGCGAAGAGGCCCAGACAGCACUCCAGACCCUCAAGAUUCGUAUGUACGAGGGAUUCGAGAAUCCGGAUCGGGUUGUAGUCGACGGACUUUGGGAGGACAACAGCGCCGCCGAUGUCCGCCGCAAGAAGGAGAGGGCAGAGUUCGAGGCCCGUCUCGAGGGUGAUGCUCGCCGCCAGAAUGAUGACGAAGAGUCCAGCUCUAAUGAAGACAGCGAUGAAGAUGAGAAUGAUGACGAUGACUACGAGAGUCGGCCAAAGAAGAGGAAGCUGACGACUCGCGGCCGUGGACGGUAUGGAGAUUCGUUGCUCAUUUCUGUAAGACGUGUUGCUGAUGGAUUGGUUGUUUCCAGGUCUUGA